UCUCCGAGGGAUGGAGGGGAUGGAGGCGGCGGCGGCCAGACCUGCCAGCGGCAGCCCUCAAGGGUCCAACACAGGAAGCAGAACGGCCAACGCCAUGCAGGAGACCUCGGCUGUGGAGAGAAAUGGUCCUGAGCCACAACCAGACAAUGGACCUCUCCUGAGACCCUGGCCUAACUCUCGGGAAGACAGAACACCCAGCCUGAUGGCCCCCAAGCCUCCCAGCACAUGGAGGGUGCGGGUCCAAGGCCCCUCUGUGCUGGAGUCCAAGGUGAGGGCUUUGAAGGAGAAGAUGACAGCAAGUAAACAAGGGGCCAGCUCCGGCCCCACCUCCCAUGAACAGUCAUCCCCCCAAAAACCCAAAUGCCGACGAGUCAAAGCUGGAGGGAUUCAGGCCCCACCAGAGGGCUGUUCCCAACCAGAGGGCAUGGUGGCCUCUCAUGCUCAGAACCCAUCCAAUGAGCCCCUGGACCGCAGUGUCAAUGAGGGGGAACCCUCCAGAAAUGGGGGCUCCAGGCCUCCCUGGUCACCUGCCCUUGGGCUGGAGUGCUGGAAUGGGCAGAGCCCGUGGUCUCCAGAAGCAUCAUGGAUGUUGCCUGAUGGUGAGAAGGGUCUGCUACCAGAGCCUGGCUCUUUGCAAGAGAGCCUCUCCCAUAGAAUUACUCCUGGCCACCUGGGGGGGCCUGGUCCUUGUAAAGUCACCCACAUGCCCAGCCUGAAGAAAGGAAGGCCAUGUGCCCUUCAAGAUGGUCUGGUCGAAGUGGGAGACUUGGACAGCACUCCUCUGACCUCUGAGGAGAACUUUGUCCCCAGGGCAGCCCUGCUGCCAGGGCUCUGGAGACCUGGAGCCCUGGAGGCUCUGGGCACUGGGGGCAGUGUCUUGUCCCUGUCUGACCGAGUCGAAAGGAAUCGCCUGCUGCUGCAGGAGAUGCUGAAGGUCUCAGGACAGAGCCCUCCCAAGGUGGAGACUCCAGCCUGGACUCCGUCCUGGGAUACAGCUGCACCAGAGCGACCCUCAGGGGAUGUGGACCGGGACUCGGGCAUCUCUCUGCAGGACUCAGACCAGAACAGGACCUUUGGUCCCAAGCCGGAGCCCAUGCUGAGCGCCAGGCAUGAGGAAGCCAAACAUCUGCUGCAUCGUGCCCGCAUGAAGGCCAGGACCCAGCCCCUCCGUGCCAACCAUGACAUCGUGCCCACCAUUGCUCAGGGCAGCCGAGAUGGCCAGAGAGGCCCAGCCCUGGAGCCCAGGAUGACCUUGGCCCGCAGAGACAGUCUCCAGAAUGGGAACGUGAGUGACUCCUCCAGCGGGGAGUCCAGCAGCGGGCAGUGGCCUAAGCAGGGCACGUCCCCUUCGCACGUUCGCUUUCAGGACGAGACUGCCCGUGAGGCUGAGUCCCGCUACCUGGAGCGGCUGCAGCAGCGCCAGCGCCAGGUGCUGAGCACAGCGCUACCGGCCUCGGGCCAGGGGCCACUGCGCUCCAAGCCCCAUGUCACCCACUACAUUAACCGGGACAUGGGCGAGGGCACGUUCCCCAGGCCCCUGGGUGGCCUAGACCGCAGGGGCCUCCUGGCACCCCCAGCCCCAUGGGGCAGCGAGGGGAAGUGCAGAGCCUGUGGCCACUGUCUUCAGGACGGACGCCCUGCUGAGGGGAAGGUGCCUCCCAGCCCUGGGGUGGCCCAGGGACUCCAGGCUGCCUGUGGAGUGGAGGGGGUGAUGCUGGAGCCCCAAACCUCCUGUGGCCCCAGCUCCCCAUUCCAGCUCUUCCCUGCUGAGCCAGGGCUCCACUCAGAAUGGGUCCGGGAAACACACAUUGGAGACACCACUGUGUGCCCUGAGGAGGGGGACUCUGCCCUGGACAGCACGGACACCUCAGACAGCUGCCGGACAGACAGUGAGGAACCUGGGACCUCUCAGCCCAGAAGGACAGGCAGGCGGCCCCAAGGCAGCAGCCGCCGACAGCAGGGCUCCAGGCCUCAAGGAGGCCACAGGUGGUCCAAGAAAGCUGAGGCCCAGGAUGGGGUUCCCGAUGUGGAGGAGGGAGAUGAGGUGAAGGAAGGCAGGGGACAUACACCGGAUGGGACUCUGUUUCUGAGAGAAGAUGCUGUCCCUAAGCCUCCUGCCCUGGAACCUGAGAGGUCUUCCCUUGGGUCCGAGAAACAACCUGAACAAGAACUGAAAAGUCACUGGGACCCUGUGGACUCCUGGGCUCCUUGCAGGACAGCCUAUGUCACCACGUCCUCCACAAAGCUUGGGCCCUCGGGGCCAGGCAGACCAGACCAAGUUAUAGAAGGCCACGAGUCUCCCGAAACUGUCUGCACUUCCUCCCUGCAGCAGAGCCAUGCAGAGCCCUCUGCUCACCGCCCAGCCCGGCAGCCAGCUGCUUCUCUCUGCCCUGAAGGCUGGGUGCCAACACCUCCCACUUCAAGGAAAACCACCUCCCCUGGGCCUCACAGGAAGGCAGCGCUGGCUCGGCCCGGCAGUCCCCAAGUCAGGCACCCACUGUUGGCCCUGUCCACCAACAACUGCAACAACUGUUCCCCCCUGGGGCUGCAGGAGCCCUGGGGAGCAGCUCUCCACCACGGCAGGGCAGACAGGGGUCCCUGUGGCCAGGAGCCGGAUCUACCCCUGGAGAGCAGCGGAGACGGAGGACUCCAGGGCUCUCUCAGCUUGGCAGACACCGUCGUCAACUCCAUGGGCAUUACCCUCUCCCUGGCCUCAGAGGAGCUGGAGUCCAGCCAGGACCUGGAAGAAGGUCUGCAGAGGACAGAGUCCAGUUCUGGAGGGCACAUGCCACCUGGAGCAUCACCAGAGGCCAGUGCAGGGCCCAGGGUGCCCCCAGCUGCUGCUUCUGGAGCCAACAAGAAAAGGAGCAGCGGCCUGGCCUCCACCCUGGGGCUGAAGAAGCUCCUCUCGGUCCUCGGCCAGACUUCCCGGCCCAAGUUGAGCAAGUCCCGGAGCUACAGCGUGGAGCAGCUGCAGCCCGCCGUGCCUAGCCCAGCUUCCCACAGCAGCACCUCCAGAGUGAAGAGAGCCCCGUCGCUUCAGUCCCUGCAUCUGGUGUCACCCUCCCACCAACAUCGGAAAGCUUCUUCCUUUCAGAACCUCCAUUCUCUGCUGAGCGGCAAGGGGGACCGGUCCAGCCUGUACCUGGUAGAGGGGCCAGGAGAUUCCAGUGCACGAGGCAGGCUGGCCAAGGCCCCUCCCCGGCGGGCCCUCAGUGUGGAAGACGUGGGUGCCCCCAGCCUGCCUCGCACCGUGGGCCGCGUGGUGGAGGUGUUCCCAGAUGGCACGAGCCAGCUGCAGCUGCAGCGCUCCUCGGAGGGCACUUUUGGCUUCUGUGUGGCCUCUGGGGAUGGGCGCCGGGACUCAGGUAUGCCUCUCCCUCUGCCUCAGCCUCCGGGGUGGCUG